GUCUACAUUUCUAAAACUCGCAACGUUUCUAGAAUUAGGCUAGACCCAAAUUGUGAUACCGGAAAUUCACCAAAAAGUGUCGUUAACGUGAAAGAACGAGAAGUCCUCUAGGCUAUCCUACCCUUAUUUUACUCGGUAGUACCGAUAGACUAAAGGGAUGAGUAAUCAUUUACUUCGAGCAGGCCUUCGUGCCACUAUUUUACCUCACCGUUCCAUUAGUUUAUCUGCAGUAUGUACCAAAAAUGUUGUUUUGGAACAGAAACUGAAGGAUGAAAUUCAUCCCAAGAUAGGAAACCGUGAAAUUGUUGGAUUUGGUCUCAAUGGGUUAGCCACAUAUGUUGACAGGUGUGAAUUUCCCUGUCCAGCCAUUAGAUUCAAGGAGGAUACACCAGAAGUUCUUAAACUCAGGGAAAAAGAAAAGGGUGAUUGGAAGAACCUGACACUGGAAGAAAAGAAAGCUUUAUACAGAGCCAGCUUCUGUCAAACAUUCAGUGAAAUUAAUGCCCCUACAGGAGAAUGGAAGAUGUUUCUUUCUGUUAUUCUACUAAGUCUUGCAGCAACUGGAUGGAUUAUGUUGUUUGUUAAAAAAUUUGUAUACCCACCACCACCCAAAAACUUAACAAGAGAGUGGCAAGAAAAAAUGUUACAGAAAAUGUUAGAUGAAGAACAAGGCCGCAUCAUGGGCAUCUCAUCCAAAUGGGAUUAUGAAAAGUUGGAAUGGAAAAAAUAAAUUAUUACCUAUGACGGUAUAAUUAGACAAUAAUUUAGACAAAAGCCAUUUUGUUUCAUUUUUCCGGAUAGGCAUAAAAAAAAUUUAUGUAUGGUCUUCAACUGUGGUUUAUGCAUUGACAAAGAAGUAAUUGGGUGUUAAUUUUCUAUAGACAGUACACUUUUUUUUUAUGCUUAUCUUGCUGAUGGUUAUGUCUCACAAUUGAAAUAAAUUUGUAUUGAAUUAUUA